ACACGGUCGACCCUCGGCCGCGCAGGCGAGCCGCCGCACGCACCGCCCGGCAAAAUGGGAAAUGAGGCAAGUUACCCUUUGGAGAUGUGCUCGCACUUUGAUGCGGAUGAAAUUAAAAGGCUAGGGAAGAGAUUUAAGAAGCUUGAUUUGGACAAUUCUGGUUCGUUGAGUGUGGAAGAGUUCAUGUCUCUGCCCGAGUUACAACAGAAUCCUUUAGUUCAGCGAGUGAUAGACAUAUUCGACACAGAUGGGAACGGAGAAGUCGACUUUAAAGAAUUCAUUGAGGGAGUGUCCCAGUUCAGUGUCAAAGGCGAUAAGGAUCAGAAGCUGAGGUUCGCUUUCCGCAUCUACGGCAUGGAUAAAGAUGGCUACAUUUCCAACGGGGAGCUCUUCCAGGUGUUGAAGAUGAUGGUGGGGAACAAUCUGAAAGAUACACAGUUACAGCAAAUUGUAGACAAAACCAUAAUAAAUGCAGAUAAAGAUGGGGAUGGAAGAAUAUCGUUUGAAGAAUUUUGUGCUGUUGUAGGUGGCCUAGAUAUCCACAAAAAGAUGGUGGUAGAUGUGUGACUCUUUGAAGAGUUUUACCCAACACUUUUGCUUUCUUCUCCAUCUCUGAAGAUCUGCUCAAGACGUCCAGCAAUGCUCUCUGUGUAUUUAAUGGAAGUAUUUUUCUCUGUGAAGCCACAUUUUCCAACAUGAGCCUCAUGAAGCCAACUAAGUGUUAUUGAACUCUUACUCUCUCAAUAACUCUGUGUAGCACUUUACAGUCUGAAGGAUAGCAGCAUGACAAGAGCAUCCAUCACUGGUGGAGAAAGGGAAGGGGUUGGCUUUUUAAUUUAUUUUUCUUCAUCUUUUAUAACAAAGUAUCUAUAUAUACAUAUGUAAAUAUUUAUAUAUAGAUAUAUGUAGCUUUCUAUAUCGUUAGUAAGUUGGCUUUAAUUUAAUAUACUUGAUUCAGAAACAAACAAAAUGUUAGAGUACAAAAGUGCCAAGCAGAAACAUAAACCAUCCUUUUACUUCACACAGUUUCUAUGUAGAUAGAAGAUUAUACAAUUUGAACUGGGUAUUUAGCCAGCUAUUGUCUUUUUCCCGUGCUUUCUCCGUUGAGGGAUUGACAAAGCAAACUAAUGUUCUGUUACCUACCUUAACUACAUUUGUGUGCUCAGAGUCUGUAGCGUUAUUUAUACAUGGAUCACUUGCAGGGACAGUGUCUUACUGCUGAGCAGCUUGCUCGCCCCGUCUGCUUGGAGAGCCCAGUUCGGUGCCGCUGCAAGCAAGCUCUUGCGUUCAGACGGCAUCUGCAUCACUUCUCGGCCUUUUGGCUGAGAUCAAAUGUAGAUGGUGUCCGCACAUACUUUGUAGCAAGGAGCCGUUACUUGACUAGAUGUCCCUGAGCACAUGUAAUACUCCACUUGUGAUUUUAUAUAUUAAGGCCAGAAGCUAUCUGAGAUAGUGAUAAUUUUUUCAUGUAUUAAUGAACCCAAAGUAAUCAUGUAAUGGCUUAAAAAAAUAUGUUUCAUUAUACAUGGGCAAAUAUUUUGCUACUAAACUGUUUGUGAACAUGAAUCCCUCUGUGUUUUAAAA